AUGGCUGAUAGAUACAGUUUCUCACUCACAACAUUUUCUCCUUCGGGAAAGCUUGUACAAAUCGAAUACGCUUUAAAUGCUGUUUCUGGAGGUGUUACUAGCGUAGGCAUUAAAGCUACUAAUGGCAUUGUUAUUGCCACUGAGAAGAAAUCAGCAUCAAGUCUUGUAGAUGAUUCGGCCGUGCACAAGAUCGAAACAAUCUGUGCUAAUAUCGGAAUGGUCUACUCUGGUAUGGGACCUGAUUUCCGUGUGUUGGUUAGUAAAGCACGUAAAGCAGCACAAGCAUAUAAAAGAGUUUACAAUGAAGAGCCUCCAGUACGUAUUCUUGUUCAAGAAGUAGCUGGUGUCAUGCAAGAAUAUACUCAAAGCGGUGGUGUUCGUCCAUUUGGUGUUUCUAUUUUGAUUGCAGGAUAUGAUGAGGUGAACGGACCAGCACUCUAUCAAGUCGAUCCUACUGGAUCUUACUUUGCAUGGAAAGCCAGUGCUAUUGGCAAGAACAUGAUUAAUGCAAAGACGUUCUUAGAAAAGAGAUAUAAUGAAGAAAUGGAACUGGAAGAUGCGGUGCAUACAGCUAUCCUGACUCUCAAGGAAGGAUUUGAAGGACAGAUGACAGAAAAUAGCCUCGAAAUCGGAAUCAUUGGUAAAAGCACUGUUGGUAUUCAUGGAGGAGAACGAAAGGAACUGCCAUUAUUCCGAAAACUGAGUUUAGGUGAAGUUAGAGAUUAUCUGGCGAAUAUUGCUUAA